UCUAGAUAGUCACAUGGCUCUCUCUCUUCCCAGAGUCAGCUGCUGGGUGCCUCCUUGUCAGUCAAGUAUUUUCAGCCUCUGAAUAAUACCCAACAACUCACACGCGCUGCUCCUAUUGUGAAAUCAGCCUAUAAACUUGUGUGUGUCUCAAAACAGAGCGAGGAAGGGAAAAUAAAAACCGGGAGACGAGGAAGUAUCAGGUUGCAUCAUCACCGGGUCUCGCCACAACACCUCGGGUCACUGAUGUGAAGUAGCACUGCAAUGGACGGCCGUAACGGGUCAAAGCCGAUAUCAAGAAUUCGCAUCUUGAGUUUGGGAAAUCCUGGCGUGGGCAAGAGCUGCCUGAUCAAGAGGUACUGCGAGAAGAGGUUCGUCAACAAGUAUGUCCCCACAGUGGGCAUUGACUAUGGCUCCACGGCAGUCGAGGUCGAUGGCAGGAAAGUGUCAGUACACUUCUUUGACACCUCUGGCAGCCCACUGUUUGAGGAGGUACGGAGUGAGUUCUACCGAGACAUGCAGGGGAUCCUUCUGGCCUAUGAUGUGACAGACAGGUCCUCCUUCAUUGCUCUGGACGCCUGGUUGGCCGAGCUGAGACACAACUUGGGACCAAUGGACGAUUGGAGUGCAGCUGUGAUAGUGUGUGGCACUCGCACAGACACAGGAGGCACUGGGGGACGGCAGGUGUCUGAGGCAGAUGGCAAGGGAUGGGCAGAUAAGCACAAGUUCUCCCAUGUUCUAACUUCAGCUGCCCUUGGGAAUGGCAUCACUCAGGCCUUCCAUACAUUGUUCGUUCAGGCUCUCCAGUUGAAGGACGGCAUCCGAUCACCAGGUGGAGUGGUGGAUCCUGAGGUGCAGCAGGCCAUCCACCGCCUAAUCCACUUAAAUGACGAUUUUGAGAAGAUGGGACUGACUCGCCGCUCCAUCUCAAAGGAGGAGGUAAACAAAUCUUACCGGCGGCUGGCAGCUCUCGUUCAUCCUGACAAGUGCAAGGCAGCAGGCGCAGAGGAGGCUUUCAAGGCGCUGACACAAGCCCGUAACAACCUCCUAAAGAUCCUUACUGAGACCACUGUGUAGCUUAUUCCUUAGUCCUUGUGCUUGCUUACUCCUUGUCCUCCUCAUCUGUGAAGUCUUCUCUGGCAUGUUGUCUUGUUUGUGACUAAAUUCUGUCCAUCUUUCCAUUUGAGUCAGUCUUGUUCUUGGGUAUUUGUAAUUUUAUAUAUGAACACCAAAUAUGUGAUAGCUUUCCACUGUUGCUGCUUGGGAGUGAGUGCUUUCUGAAGUGCUGACUGCUUCUAUAUAGUCUGUUCAAGUGUUCAUGGCAAGCUUACCUUUGUGUGUGUGUGUGUGUGUGUGUGUGUGUGUGUGUGUGUUGAGUGAGGACAGUAAGGGAGAGAUGAGAAAGAGAGAGAUUGUCUGGUUUUGUGUAUACUGGUGUAUGACAGAGCUUUUCUUUUUCCCAUCUUGUUAUCUCAGUUGUGUCUCAAAUCUGGCACAUAUUAGCUUUGUUCUGAGACUUGGAUGGAUGGUGUGGCUUGCAGGCUUAAAGUGAUGCAUGCAAGACUAAGGACACUUCUACACUGCACCUCCACUACAAGCCUCCAGUUGAAGUUACACAGCUUUUUCAAGGCUGCUUUUAUGCCUCCAGUGACAAGUACACAAGAUUUCCAUAUUACCAACAGGAGAAAUACUUGAGAAUUUGCCUAACUGUUUGUGAUCCUUGAAAAUUAUUGUGGUGAGAGGGCAGUUUUUUUUUAGUACUAGCCUGAGCUGUGUGAGUGUUUGUCUGCUCUGGUAAGGUGAUUGUUGAGUGUGUGUUAUGGAUGGACACUGCUGCUUCAAAUACAGUACAUGAUAUAAAAAUUCUCAGAGAAGAUGCAUCAAGUUUGUUUAUUUUGAGAGGGAUACUGGAAAAGCAUAGCAGAUGAAAUAAAUAAAUAAAUAAAGAGAAGCAAGGAAAGGCUCACUGAAGAUGCCAUACUAGUCCCAAAAGAGAAUAGUUGAAGAGAAUGUAUACAAAAUUAUGAGAAGUGUUUGAAAUGUCUUUACUAUUAAGUCUAAGAUGCCAGUUUGGUCGUUAAGUCUUGAAUUACAACAUCUAGUCAACACUGUAUAGAAAAGAAAUAAUACAUGGGUUUGGUGAAAAGAAUGUAUUUUCACCUUUACAUGAAAAUGAUGAAUUUACAAGAAAUGAAAGUUAUGUUA